UCUCCAAAUUCGACCUAUCGAGCAAUUGAAGAGUCUCAUUGGACAUAUCCGCACCAUGUUUUGUCUGCAUCUGUGAUUCAUAUUGCGUUGCCGAUAGACUGGCUAAUGGCCACAUACUUGGCUUGGUUUUCCAACACCAUAACAUGUAAAAUGGCGAUACGGCCUCGACGGGAUUUGGGAGCAGUGAUUGGAUUGGGCAUGACUUGCAUCCUUCUAAGCGCUAUAAGUCACCAGAGGGUGAGCACAUAUCGUUUCUUUGAUAUGGGCACGAUGAAGCAUUUCUAACAAAUAUGCUGUGCUCAGCACACUUCUCAGUAUUCCGCUAACACUAGUCUUGGACAGCAUUUUACUAUUGGAAAGAUGAAUGCUCAGCAUUGUAUUCAGUCCCCACCCAUUAUUGCACCCGAGAAUAAAUAUAUGCUGGCGAAAAGUGACAUCGCAAAUCAAUAGUGAGCCGGGAUAAAACAUUCUUCAUUGUGAUCUUCAAUUUUAAUGACAACUGGUAACUUGGUCUGUCGACUUGUCGUUUGAUGAUUCGAUUAACAGAGGAGGUUCUGCCUGGCCAUGCGAAAUGCGUGAACGAUGUGACAUUUGCAAGCUUUGGGAGCGUUGCUUGCACAAAAAAGCUCUCCGAUGGUGACUUAUUACAAGCUUUGUGUGGCUCAAUGUAGAAGUAUUCUGU